AUGCGGAGGUAGAGACGGCAGCAGCAGGCCUGGAGGACCGGGGUGGGUGCCGGGGCUCCCACAGACCUGCGGUGGGGGGGUCCCCCAGCCUCAAAUCCUGGCCUGGGGGAUUGUGAUGACUCCUUGCUUAGAGGGUGUGGGCUGGGAUGUAGGCAGAGUCUUACAAGCCCCCCAGCAUCCACACGGAGCAUGAACAUUGAGGAUGGCGCGUGCCCGCGGCUCCCUGUGCCCUCCACUGCCGCCCGGUAGGAUGUCCUGGCCCCACGGGGCGCUGCUUUUCCUCUGGCUCUUCUCCCCACCCCUGGGGGCCGGCGGAGGUGGUGUGGCAGUGACAUCUGCCGCCGGAGGGGGCUCCCCACCAGCCACCUCCUGCCCCGCAGCCUGCUCCUGCAGCAACCAGGCCAGCCGGGUGAUCUGCACACGGAGAGAGCUGGCUGAAGUCCCGGCCAGCAUUCCGGUCAACACACGGUACCUGAACUUGCAGGAGAAUGGCAUCCAGGUGAUCCGGACAGACACCUUCAAGCAUCUGCGGCACCUGGAGAUCCUACAACUGAGCAAGAACCUGGUGCGCAAGAUCGAGGUGGGCGCCUUCAACGGGCUGCCCAGUCUCAACACGCUGGAACUGUUCGACAACCGGCUGACUACGGUGCCCACGCAGGCCUUCGAGUACCUGUCCAAGCUGCGGGAGCUCUGGCUGCGCAACAACCCUAUCGAGAGCAUCCCCUCCUACGCCUUCAACCGAGUCCCCUCGCUGCGGCGGCUGGACCUGGGGGAACUCAAGCGGCUGGAAUACAUCUCGGAGGCGGCCUUCGAGGGGCUGGUCAACCUGCGCUACCUCAACCUGGGCAUGUGCAACCUCAAGGACAUCCCCAACCUGACAGCCCUGGUGCGCCUGGAGGAGCUAGAGCUGUCGGGCAACCGGCUGGACCUGAUCCGCCCGGGCUCCUUCCAGGGCCUCACCAGCCUGCGCAAGCUGUGGCUCAUGCACGCCCAGGUGGCCACCAUCGAGCGCAAUGCCUUUGAUGACCUCAAGUCACUGGAGGAGCUCAACCUGUCCCACAACAAUCUGAUGUCGCUGCCCCACGACCUCUUCACACCCCUGCACCGCCUGGAGCGCGUCCACCUCAACCAUAACCCCUGGCACUGCAACUGCGACGUGCUCUGGCUGAGCUGGUGGCUCAAGGAGACCGUGCCCAGCAACACAACAUGCUGUGCCCGCUGCCACGCGCCUGCCGGUCUCAAGGGCCGCUACAUAGGCGAACUGGACCAGUCGCACUUCACUUGCUAUGCGCCUGUCAUUGUGGAGCCGCCCACGGACCUCAAUGUCACGGAAGGCAUGGCUGCUGAGCUCAAGUGCCGCACAGGCACCUCCAUGACUUCUGUCAACUGGCUGACACCCAACGGCACCCUCAUGACCCACGGCUCCUACCGUGUGCGCAUCUCUGUCCUGCAUGAUGGCACGCUCAACUUCACCAAUGUCACCGUGCAGGACACGGGCCAAUACACGUGCAUGGUGACGAACUCGGCUGGCAACACCACCGCCUCAGCAACACUCAACGUCUCAGCUGUGGACCCUGUGGCGGCUGGGGGCUCCGGUGGCGGCGGGGGCGGCCCAGGGAGCGGCAGUGGUGUCGGAGGGGGCAGUGGUGGCUACACCUACUUCACCACGGUGACAGUGGAGACCCUGGAGACACAGCCUGGGGAGGAGGCCGUGCAGCCGCGGGGCACAGAGAAGGUACCGCCGGGGCCCACGACGGAUGGUGUCUGGGGUGGGGGCCGGCCCGGGGACGCUGCGGGCCCGGCCUCUUCAUCCACCACAGCACCUGCACCUCGCUCCUCACGGCCCACAGAGAAGGCGUUCACGGUGCCCAUCACGGACGUGACAGAAAACGCCCUCAAGGACCUGGACGACGUCAUGAAGACCACCAAGAUCAUCAUCGGCUGCUUUGUGGCCAUCACAUUCAUGGCCGCCGUGAUGCUGGUGGCCUUCUACAAGCUGCGCAAGCAGCACCAGCUCCACAAGCACCACGGGCCCACGCGCACUGUGGAGAUCAUCAACGUGGAGGACGAGCUGCCCGCUGCCUCCGCCGUGUCCGUGGCUGCGGCGGCUGCCGUGGCCGGUGGGGGCAGCGUAGGUGGGGACAGCCACCUGGCCCUGCCUGCCCUGGAGCGCGACCACCUCAACCACCACCACUACGUGGCGGCCGCCUUCAAGGCACACUACAGCAGCAACCCCGGCGGUGGGGGCUGCGGGGGCAAGGGCCCUCCUGGCCUCAACUCCAUCCACGAACCUCUGCUCUUCAAGAGCGGCUCCAAGGAAAAUGUGCAAGAGACGCAGAUCUGAGGCCGCCGGAGGCCCCGGGGAUCUGGCCAGGGUCUUGGAGACCCGCCACCCCGUUGCCUACCCGGGCACACCGACUGGGACCCCUCCCCACGGCCCAGCCCACCCCGGGACCAAAUGGGAAAAGCGGGGCAAGGCGAUGUCCAGCCCCACCCAGGGGUCAGAGCCCAGUGAGGACAGGGCGGGGUUCCAGGAGUGAAGUGUCCCUGGUUCUAGCCUCGCCCCCACCUAUCCUGGUGACGGCUGUGGGGACUCGGGAUUCAGAAGUGGCCCCAGCCCUCCGUGUUUCCUACUGGCUCUCCCAACCAACUGUCCUGCCCGCCACCUUCGAGGGGAGAGAGGAGCUUUUUUGAGGGGUACCCUUUCCCCUUACCCCAACCACCCUCCUUUUACGGUUCAUUUUUUGCAGUUUGACGCCUGUCCCUCCUUCCCACUCCGAAACCGAAGAGACGAAGAGACACGUCUCCCUGAGCUCCAGCCCACGCUGAGCUCCGCCCCCGGCCCCCCGCUGGGGUAGGCAGCCCGGCCGCCCCGCCCCCACCGCCCCACAGACUCUUUUGAUACAACCGAAGGGAGGUUUGCGUCAACGACUACCUGCUCUGUAAUUACUUUAAAAAAAAAAAAAAAACACGGAAAAAGUAAAAAAAAAAAUAUUUUUUUGGUCAUGAAA